AUGGCCAUGCCCCUUCCUCACCCAGCCUACCGUGAAAGCCGCCCUGCCCCGAUCCCCAUGCACCAACCUCGUCCUCAGAAGACGGUCUCUGUUGCGGACAUUGAAAGUCCGGCGACUUUCCCGUCAUUCAACCCGCCUCAGCCGCAGCAUGAGCAGCCCUUCCACCAUCAGGUCCCUCUUCCAGCCCAUGGCCCGCCGAGCCAGCCUUCGGCCACUCCGCUUUCCCAGAUUCCGGAGCGGGCUAUUCACGCACCGCCCUUCCAGCCUUACAGUUACCCUCAGCCUGGCUUCUACCCUCCGAGUUAUCCUUCAGGCAUGUAUUACCCGCCUUCGGGAGCUGAUUACGGGGGCUAUAAUGGACCCGUUGGGCCUGGAGCCUCUGUGCCAAACUUUCCGGGCCAGCCAGCGAUGCCCUAUUUAGCUGGGGAGCAACCCCCUCCACCGGGUACUGUUGCUCAUGAGUCUGGUGGCACGGUCUACUUUUAUGAUGCCAACAAUAUGUACGGAAGUCCCGCACCAGGCCCACCAGGAUCUGGGCCUGGGGGUGUAGUUGGCAUGGGUGGCAUGAUGACACCGCCAGGCACGACCUUCUACUACCCUCAACAAUCCGGUCAAUAUUAUGGGCAGUGA